AUGCCACAACCUCACGACGACCAGCUCGUCUGGCUGCAUCGGCAGAAUCAAUUGCUGAGUGGUGAAGUGACCGAGAAGAACAAGCAGAUUGAAGAGAUGAAGCGCGCGAGCCAGAAUUUAUCUCAGAUGUCGUUGAAUGGCCAUCGGCAUUCUGCGAUGCAUAGUCAACGGCCAACUCCAGUCCAAGUUCGCCCAUCAGCAUUUGUCCGCCCAGCUGCGCAUUCCGUGUCCCCACACCAAACCGUGUCGGCUUCACCUGUAAAAAUCUAUGACACUCUCAUG